AUGCGCUUCGGCGUCUUCGGUGCUCUGCUCGUGGCCACCUUGGUCUCGUGUUGCUGCAGCGUUGCCAAUGCCGGGAAAGUUUCCGCCUUCUCCAGCAAGGACAAUCAUGACCGCCGUCUUCAAGCUAAAAACAUUGCGGAAAGUGCUACUCGCUUUUUCUCGGGACAAGCUGAUGACAAAUUGCUGAAAUAUGCCUUGAAGUUGUCCAACGCUGCUAAUGGAGACGAAGCUGCAAUCAAGAAAGCUAAUGAUCUCGCAGCUCUAGCGAAGGUCACUGCGAAAGCCACUGAUGAUGAAGUUGUCUGGGCAACCAAAUUCGUAAAGGAAGUCAAGGGAGACGAGGCUAAUACCAUGAGAUAUAUCCUUGGUUUGGCCCAGAAGGAAGGCAAGGUUCCCAAAGAAGCUACGGCAAAGAUUGCGGAGACUGUGAAGAAGGACCCUAAGUCUUGGCCUCGACUCAAAUUGUUUGCCAAGAUUACCCUGGGUGCUACUGUGGGUGCUUUCGCAAUGUACGGUGCUUACGAGGCAUUGUUUGGUAAAAAAUCACAAACCGGUGCGGCCACUACGACGACGACUGGUUAG